ACAAACGCGCAAGGCAGUGGUGUAUCUCAGUGUUUCUUUUCUUCUUUCUGCUUUAAUACUACUCUUGACAUUCAAGAAAAUGGAUCUUGGUAAUAACGAUCAGACAAAAAUGUACUUUUAUGAGAACAGACUUCAGACUUUCGUUGGUUGGCCAUUUGAAGAGGGCUGCGUUUGCACUCCACAAAACAUGGCCAAAGCUGGAUUUAUUCACACCCCGUCCGAUAACAGUCCAGAUAUAGCUCAAUGUUUUUUCUGUUUGAAAGAGCUGGAAGGAUGGGAGCCUGAGGAUGAUCCUGAGAAAGAACAUAAGGCACAUUCUCCCACCUGUGAUUUUAUCUUGCUGAAGAAGACCAUGAACAGCCUGACUGUGGAGGAAUUUCUGAAACUUCAGAAAGAGAGACAAAAGUUUAUUAUUAAAAAAACUUGUGGCCAGGCAGUUGAUAAAUUUGAAGAGGCUGUGAAGAACAAGAGAGCCCAGAUCAUCCAGACUGCCAUGGGGGAGGAAUAAAGAGGUUCAAUGAGAGAGUGACAGCAUCUGCAUUUUUUUUAAAUGAUUUAUUUUCCAUGAUACCUGAGGAUCCCACUUUCUUCCAUUUUGCUUUUGACUUUCAUUUUGUCCUUUGUUCUUUUUAAAUGUGUUACAUACUUGCAUCUGUAUAUGAUUCCACCUGCAAAUGUUUCAUCUUUUAAUACAUAUUCUUCAUCCUAGUAUUUAUUUCAAUACAAUGAGCUCAAUAAAACCAAUCUUU